AUGCAAAAUCUAGACACCAUACUCUCGAGAAUUCAACAAUCCCCAGCCGCUCCUUUUCUGCCUGACGACCUUGCAUAUCUCAUAUCAUCAUUUCUUCCAUCUGAGCCCGCAUCGCAUCGCUCAAAGGCGUACCUAAUCAUCUCCGCCUUUUGUCAAGGUGUGCGAAGCAAAUCUGCAGUCAAAGGAAAGCAGCCGGACCCAACCACCGAGAUCCUGGUACAGGUUUUUGAGCCAGUCAUCAUCUCUCGCCUUGCCGAUCCCGAUGACCGUUGCUUCAAGCAAGGCAUUUCCUUCUUGACUGCGCUUUACCAAAUUGACUGGGAAUCGGCUGCGCCAAUAUUCGAGAAAGAUGGAGUCCUCGACCUCAUCGUCGAUAGUGUCGACUUGCGGCCGUCCUCAGAGCUUUCUAUACUUGUGGCGCAUCUCAUAGGUCAAGCAUCUGGCCACAAAUCUUCGCGCGCUCUCAUUCCAACACAAAUCACUGAAUGGCUGGAACUACACUCUCGAGACGAAACAGAGCCAAGUUUACGCGCUGCUGCAUCGAUUGCUCUUGUCAAACUCUCUCGUGGCAGAGCAAGCGAUGCAGCGAGCGGCGGUUUGCCAGACUCACGACCAGCUAACCAAGAUGAUGAACUCGCGGAUGUAAUGAAGGAUCUGGUGAUCAGCGGCACCGACCAAUCUUCUGUCGCUGACGCUGUAGAAGGUCUAGCGUACCUCAGCGUUGAUCCUAUCGUCAAAGACGCUCUUUCCAAAGACACAGCUUUUCUGAAACGCUUAUUUUCGCUUGUUCCACGCCGGAAACCAUCCACUGCUACAGAACCAAAUACGACACUACUCUUCGGCAUCCUUUUGACCGUUUCCAAUCUCUGUGCUUAUCGGCCGCGUCUUACGGAAGAGCAGAGCCAGAUCGCGAAGCUGAAGCGUAUGGCAAACAGCACAAACAAGACUCCAGAGGAGCCUGAUUCAUCAUCUCGACUUGACGAUGACGAGAACGUGAAAGCACGCAUCAAGCGGCUUGUUGCUGUAGGGAUGUUAGAUGUCUUUCCUGGUGCUCUAGCGGGGACUGACAGUCCCGGAAUCCGGUUAGCGGCCGGUAAAGCACUGCUCAGUAUAGUAGAGGACCGGGAGAAUCGAGGGAAAGUACUCCAAAUUGGCGGCGCAAAAUUACUCUCGGCCAUAAUCAAGCAUAGCAUGACCGCAGACGUGAGCACAAAAACGCUGGAUGUCUCGCAAUUGGAGCCAAUACAAGCCCUCGCUAAGCUAGCCAUCACCUCGUCGCCGUUGCAAGUAUUCGGACCAAACGAUGGUGCCGUCUAUGAUGCCAUUCGCCCGUUAUCCUUAAUGCUUCAACAUCAACAAGCCAGUCUACUCCAGCGGUUCGAAGCACUGAUGGCAUUGACGAAUCUGUCGUCCCAUAGUGCUGAAGCCUCAUCAAGAAUUGCGAAAGCGGAUGGCUUGCUGAGUAGUGUCGAGUUGCUACUUUUAGAAGACCAUACUCUUGUCCGCAGAGCAUCCAUGGAGCUAAUCUGCAAUCUAGUUUCGGGGUCUGAUGAUGUUUUCGAGCGUUAUGGUGGAACGGAGAAUAGCAACGCAACUCGAUCUAAACUGCAAAUUGUCGCCGCCAUGUCGGAUGUAGAAGACCUGGGAACUCGGCUCGCUGCCUCUGGAGCACUAGCCACACUCACGGAUGCCUCUACAGUCUGCGAAGGGCUGCUUGAUCUCCAACGGGAACGCAAACGAAUACUUCCAAUUCUUGCUCAAUUGGUAGACCCUACCGCAUGUCCUGCCGACGAUGAAGAUGACGAACGCGUCAUGGAGACAGAUCCUGGACUUGUACAUCGGGGUAUAGUUUGUACGCGCAACAUUGUUAUGAGCAUUCAAAACGACGGACGAAGGAGAGAGAUCGCGGAACAAGCAACGGAAGCAGGGUUAGUGCAGGGAUUGGUUAACGUAGUGAAAAGCUCCCCAGCAGAAAUGGUCUUGCGGCCGGCUAUGGAGACUCUCAAAUGUUUGUUAGAUAGUCUCAAGUCAUUGCGAUCAGCCAUCAGCGGCACAACCUGCUGCUUGCUUAUAACCAUGGCGCCAUCGAAGAAGGCGGGAAAGAAGACGGCUGCUACGCCAAAAAAGGGCGGACAAGCCGGCAAAGUGGCAAAGGCUGACUGGAAAGAGGGCUUCAAGAAGAAGCAAGUCGGCGUAUCCGACAUGACCCUACUUACGACGAUAAGCAACGAGAGCAUAAACGACAAUCUCCAGAAGCGAUGGACCAAUGCGGAGAUUUACACCUACAUUGGCGCGGUGCUAAUAUCUGUCAACCCCUUCCGAGAUUUGGGCAUCUACACUGAUGAGACGCUGAAGAAGUAUCGGGGAAAGAAUCGGCUUGAAGUUCCCCCUCACGUCUUCAGCAUCGCGGAGACAGCUUACUACAACAUGAACGCUUACCACGAAAACCAAUGUGUCAUUAUUUCUGGCGAGUCGGGGGCGGGCAAGACGGAGGCAGCCAAGCGAAUCAUGCAGUACAUUGCUGCGGUGUCAGGUGGAGAGGACAGCAGCAUCCAAGAAAUCAAGGACAUGGUGCUGGCCACCAACCCCCUCCUAGAAAGCUUCGGAUGCGCAAAAACGCUUAGGAACAACAAUUCCAGUCGUCACGGCAAGUACCUCGAAAUCAUGUUCAACUCGCAUGGAGAGCCCGUCGGGGCCAAGAUCACCAACUAUUUAUUGGAGAAGGGACGUGUUGUGGGUCAGAUAGAGAAUGAGCGGGACUUUCAUAUAUUCUACCAAUUCACCAAAGGCGCCUCAAGCGAACAGCGAGAAAUGUUCGGUAUCCAGGGCCCGGAAGCCUACGUUUACACUAGUGCGAGUAACUGCUUGGAUGUCUCUGAUAUUGAUGAUGUGGAGGACUACCAUGGCACGAUAAAAGCGAUGCAAGUAAUUGGCCUCGGUGAGCACGAGCAGAGUGAAAUCUUUCGCAUGCUUGCUAUAGUCUUAUGGUUGGGAAACGUUCAAUUCACCGAACUGGAUGAUGGGAACUCCACGAUUGGCGAUACGGGAGUCACGGACUUCGUUGCAUAUUUAAUGGAGGUUGAUUCUGCCACUGUCCAGAAGGUUUUGACCAGCAAAGUUAUGGAAACCCAACACGGUGGUCGACGAGGAUCGGUCUACGAUGUACCACUCAACCCGGCACAAGCCGGUUCGGCUCGUGACGCUCUUUCCAAGGCGGUUUACAACAACCUGUUCGAAUGGAUUGUGUCAAGAAUAAAUGUCUCCAUGAAGCCCAGAUCCGCACAUGCCCAAAUUGUUGGUAUUUUGGAUAUCUUCGGGUUCGAAAUCUUCGAGGACAAUUCCUUUGAACAGCUGUGCAUCAACUAUGUCAAUGAGAAGCUCCAACAAAUCUUCAUUGAGCUAACGCUGAAAACGGAGCAAGAGGAGUACGUCCGGGAGCAGAUCAAAUGGACACCAAUCAAGUAUUUCAACAAUAAGGUUGUCUGCGACCUCAUCGAAGAAAAGCGACCACCUGGCAUUUUUGCUGCUCUCAACGAUGCCUGUGCAACUGCUCAUGCCGAUCCAGCUGCCGCAGACAACAGCUUUGUCCAGCGGGCAUCUGGUCUGGCCUCUAACGCACAUUUUGAGUCUCGCGGUGCUCAAUUCUUGGUGCGCCACUAUGCUGGAGACGUCAUGUACAACAUUGCCGGAAUGACCGACAAGAACAAGGACACGCUCAACAAGGACUUAUUGGAUCUUAUUGCUAGCAGUGAAAACCAAUUCCUGCAAACCCUCUUCCCUGACCGCCCAGACCCCAAUAGCAAGAAGCGGCCACCUACAGCUAGCGAUCGUAUAAAGGCGUCUGCUGGGGCUCUGGUCGACAAUCUCAUGAAGGCCCAACCUUCCUAUAUCCGAACGAUCAAGCCAAACCAGAAUCGAAGUAGCAGCGAGUACGAUACCAAGGCGAUUCUACAUCAAAUCAAGUAUUUGGGACUGCAGGAGAAUAUUCGAGUCCGCAGAGCUGGUUUCGCCUAUCGGAAUACCUUCGAGAAGAUGGUUGAAAGGUUUUACUUGCUCUCUCCCAAGACGUCCUACGCGGGAGAGUAUAUCUGGCAUGGGGAUCCGAAAUCUGGAUGCGAGCAAAUCUUGAAAGAUACCGGUAUCGCCAAGGACGAGUGGCAGAUGGGCGUGACCAAAGCGUUCAUUAAAAAUCCAGAAACGUUGUUUGCCCUGGAAACUAUGCGUGAUCGGUACUGGCACAACAUGGCUGGCCGCAUUCAGCGCGCGUUCCGCAACUAUAUGCGGUACAAACACGAAUGUGCUCGGAGGAUCCAGCGGUUUUGGAAGAACAACAAGGAAUCGUUGGUUUAUGCCCAGGUCCGAGAUUAUGGGCAUCAGAUUCUCGCCGGUCGGAAGGAACGGAGGAGAUUUAGCUUGCUUAGUUAUCGCCGGUUCAUGGGUGACUAUCUGGACGUCAAUGGGAAAAGUCCGCUCGGGGAGGAGUUGGGAGAGGUUUGUGGGAUCGGAAACGAGGAAGUAACUUUCAGCGGACGGAUCCAACUUUUGGUAUCAAAGUUGGGAAGGUCGAGUAAACCGAGUCCAAGAUUCAUCGUUGUGACCAAGAAAGCUGUUCACAUUGUUGUCACCCUCGCAAAGGACGGCCGCGCACAGACAAUGCUUGAGAGAAAGAUCCCCUUGGUUACGAUCAAAAGUAUUGGGAUGUCUACUUUGCGAGACGACUGGAUGGCAGGUCAACCGUUUUUCUUAUCUUUGAACGGUAACAUCUCUGAAGAGGGUGACCCUAUUUUCAGCUGUUAUUUCAAGACAGAGUUGGCUGCCAAUCUGCUGACCUUGACUGGAGCCAGUAUCACCAUGAUGAUCGCACCUACUGUGGCGUACAACAAGAAGAAGGACAAGAAGGCAGAAAUCAAGUUUAUCAAGGACGAGACCGUGAAAAAGGAUGACUUGUACAAGAGCCAUACCGUCCAUGUGCCCUCUGGUGAGCCGCCGGAUAGCCUGUCACGACCGCCGGCAAAGAGGAAGCCUGGAGUUGUGCGUCCCAUUACACAGGGGAAAUUGCUUAAGGCCGGUGGUCCAUCUAAUAAACCCAAACCAGCCUCAAGGCCAAAACCGACUGCGCAACCUCUCCCUGGGAAAACCACCACAACAGCAGUUUCUGUACCAGUCAUCAAGCCUACCCCGACUCCAGCAGCAGUCCCCAAACCAAGCACGAGUACCGCCGCCAAACGAACCAGUGUGGCUGCUCCCCCACCGCCCCCACCCCCACCUCCCCCAGCCAGGCCAGCAGCGGCAGAGUCUGCGACACCGAUGUACCGUGCAAAAUUCGACUUUGCUGGCGAGGAAGGCGAGAUGAGUCUGACCAAGGACGAUCUUGUUGAGUUGCUUGAAAAGGACGACAACGGGUGGUGGCUUGUCAAGAAGGGUGCUUCACAAGGCUGGGCACCAAACAAUUAUCUCGAGUUGGCCCCGGCGAGCGCGGCGAGUGCGCCUCCGCCGCCGGCCAGGAGGGCGGUCCCUGCCAAACCGGCUGCGACAACAACGACACCUACGGCGAGCAAAUUGGGUUCUGUGAUGGCUGAUGCGAAUGCCAAACCCGUUUCUGUUUUCCCGGGUAUGGCGCCCGCCAAUGGGUCAGCAACACCGUGGAAAAAGACACCCUCCGCGUCGACGAGUGAUUCUACGCCAAGCAAUUCUCGGCCGGGCAGCUCAUUAGCCGGCAAGCCCCCACCGCCAGUCGCAACCAAGCCGAAACCGCCAGUUGUGGCACCCAAACCGGGUGGCGGUCCCAAACCACCUGUGGGCGGGAAACCCCCGAUCCCGACUGCCCCGCGACCGACAGCAUCAGGCGGGGCUUCGAAACCGGUUGGAGGUGUGGGUGCAUUAGGCGGCAACUCUGAUUUGGCGGCGUUGUUGGCGAAGAGGGCUCAGCGGAUUGCAGACAGCGAGUGA